AUGUCCAUCGUGCAACAGACACCAUCGUCUGGGGCCCAGCAGCCACAGCUGGACGAAAAGCAUGCAGGCAGUGCCGCUGUCAUGACUGGUGCUACUACAACGGCAACUCCAGACGGCACUUCGGCAAGAAAGACUGGCAGCAUCAUCACCAUUGUCGGCAGCGCCCUGGCCAACUUUUCCGAUGGCUACCAGCAGAACCUGGCUUCGUCCACAAACGUCAUCUUCAACCACAUUAUUGGUACUCAGAUCUACACCUCGGCCGUGCAGACGCGAAUCUCCAACUCGCUGCUUGUAGGCUCUGUAAUUGGUAUAGUCGUGUUCGGAUAUCUGGCCGACAAGUUUAGCCGCAAGGGAGGCAUGCUCGUCACCUCGGGAUUAGUAGUUAUUGGCAGCUUAAUGUCAACACUUGCGUUUCAGGUCAACGGUACAGACGCAAUGCUCUGGUACAUGACAAUCGCGCGAGGUGCCGCCGGGGUGGGCGUGGGAGGCGAGUAUCCGACCUCGGCCGCGGCCGCACUCGAGGGCUCACAGGAGCAUUUCAACGCCCAGCGCGGACCCAUUCAGGUCUUGAUCUCGACCCUGCAAGCGACGACAGGUUCGGCCGUUUGCACCUUUGUCUAUCUCAUGGCCUUGAUCGGUAGCGGCAACGACUUGAAGGUCGCGUUCCAUGCUAUUUACGCCCUCGCCAUCUUUCUGCCCAUGUCUGUGGUUCUCUUCAGAUGGAGAAUGCAAGAUGGCAAGCUGUUUACCCGCAGUAACUUUAAAAAGAGGUCUAUUCCGUGGAUGCUUCUGCUGAGACAAUACUUUUGGCGCAUCCUCGGAACUUCAGCCGCAUUCUUCCUCUAUGACUUUGUAAACUUCCCAAACUCGAUUAUGUCGUCAGUCAUUAUCAACUCCCUUGUCCCUGGCAAGAAUGUUCGCCACGUUGCCCUUUGGCAGCUGUAUCUUGCCUUGAUGCCCAUUCCUGGAGUUCUCGUGGGCGCAUGGCUGGUCAACAAGAUUGGACGCCGCUGGACCGGCAUCGUCGGUCUGGUGGGAGGGUAUGUUAUUAUUGGCUUCAUCAUUGGUGGCUGCUAUGAGAAGCUUACCAAAGAUGCUCUUCCGGCAUUUGUUGUACUAUAUGGACUGCUGCAGGCCUUUGGCCAUCUGGGACCGGGAGCGACCAUCGGCCUGAUUUCGUGCGAGUCAUUCCCAACAGCAGCUCGUGGUAUGGGCUAUGGCAUCGCCGCUGGAUUCGGCAAGGCUGGAGCAGCGGUCGGCACCCAGGUUUUCACCCCAAUACGUGCGGCGGCCGGUCCGGCGUCGACCUUUUAUGUGGCUGGAGGUGUUGGCAUCGUCACUUCUGCGAUUUACUAUUUCUUGCCCGAGGGCAACAAGACUGAUCUCGAGCGAGCCGACGAAGAAUUUGAGCAUUUAUUGGAGACGCAUGGAAAAUAG